UAAAAGGUGUUUGAUUUUUGUAUAAAUAGAUGGUGCAUGCGGAGUCUCAUUUUAUCUCUACUUCCCUGAAAAACAAUCCCACAAGAAGAGGACUGGAUACUACGUGAUAGGAGCUGGUCUAGCUUGGCCAGAAGAAUGAGCAACCACCAACGUAAUCAACCAAUACAGCAUGCUGGGAUCUAUGACCGUUCCAUGGUGCAAGAUCAUGUCUCAAUCCACAUUGAGGAUAUGCUUCGCGAUAUGCCUGCCACUUCACCAGAGCAUAGUAUAUUUAGGGUUCAUCAUCAACUGCGCGAAGUCAACGAGAAAGCCUACGAACCAGUAAUUCUAGCCAUCGGUCCUUAUCACUAUGGAAAUGGCAAGUUCAAAUUCAUGGAGGAGCAAAAACUGCGAUACUUGCAGCAAUUGCUGAAUAGGAGACAGGAGGGAAGCGUCGACAGGUAUGUGAUGACUCUCAGGGAACUGGAACAGCAGGCGCGUAAUUGCUAUGCGGAAACCAUCGACCUUUCCCAAGAAAAGUUUCUUGCAAUGAUGCUCAUUGAUGGCUGUUUCAUCAUUGAGUUGCUUCGUAAGUGCAUUUUGGAGAAAUCGAGAGACGAAGACGAUUCAGAUAGGCUUCGAUACUACAGCUGCCGCUAUUUAGACGAUCCACUUAGGGAGUCAGAUUGGCUUCAAUACUACCUCCGUCGCGAUUUACUGUUGCUCGAGAACCAACUUCCUCUUUUCGUCUUGAGCAAGCUAUAUGACCUGACUAAAGGUCCGGACGAGCAUCACGAAUUCAACGUAGUCGCCAUCGAGUACCUUACAUGUGAAGAAGGAGGCCCCGACCGAAAUUGGACGAGGGGCAACUGGGAGCAUCUUUUGCAUCUGUACUACGGGUGGCGCACUCAUGGCUUGCCUGAAAAGCCCCUGCCACACUGCACACUAGUCAUGCCCUCGGCGAUUGAGCUAAGGGAGUCAGGAAUUAGGUUUAGGGCUGCGAAAGGGCGCCACCUGGGCGACAUCAAAUUCGAGAAUGGAACACUCGAGAUACCGGUCUUGGAUGUAGAGGACGACACCGAAUCAGAAUUUCGAAACUUGAUCGCAUACGAGCAGCUUCAUCAAAGGAGAGACAUCUAUUACUUUACGCAUUACGUCAACCUCAUGGAUUUCCUCAUAAACUCUUCAAAGGACGUCGAGAUACUUCGCUGCACAGGGAUUAUUAAGAACUACUUGGGUGAUGACAAGGCGGUUGCACAGAUGUUCAACAAGAUGUGUGACGAGGUCCUUAUAUUUGGUUCCUAUUACUCCGAGAUCUUCCAAAAUGUGAAAGCACAUUGUGACAAGAGGAGGAAUGUCUGGAUGGCAAAACUGAGGAGGGAAUAUUUCCAUAGUCCUUGGGCUUUCUUGUCUGUUGUCACAGUCAUCGUGUUGCUCCUACUCACAGCAACACAAACAGUAUUUACUGUUCUUUCUUACAUGAGGUAAAGUUAAAUGUGAUCAAUGCUGGUUCAUAUAUUUCCCCUGAACCAUCUACUUGUGUUCUAUAGCCAGUAGUACUAUCUUGGUUCUCCAAUGAGGACGAACCACAUGUUCUUAAAGAUAGUGAAAAGUGUUUGUGCUUUAAAUGA